UUACAUGAAGUACCGCGUGUAGAGGAGUAAAAGAAUAGAACUGGAGAAAGUCUCAACAAUGAUGUUGCAAUACUGCAGAAGAAGUUUACUGGGUUUUCUCAGGCAAAAUAAACGUUGUCUAGCAUCAAGUAGUGCUGUUUACAAAUCAUACUCACUUGAUGGCAAAGGUUGGGAUAUUUUGUCUGGAAAAACUACACGGAUUGGAUGUGCCUCAGGCUUCUGGGGAGACUCCCCUUCUGCAGCUCCACAGCUCGUUCACGGAGGAAAUAUCGACUUCCUGGUGUUUGAUUAUUUGUCUGAAAUAACGAUGUCAUUGUUGGCUCUAGCUCAACGUAAAAUGCCCGAGCAUGGUUAUUGCCCAGAUUUUGUUCGCUUUGUCAUGGCUCCGUUGCUGAAGGAUAUCAAGAGAAAAGGUAUUCGUGUGGUUAGUAAUGCUGGUGGCAUCAACCCCCACGCAUGCGCCAAGGCAAUUCAUGAGGUUGCUAAAAAGAGUGGUAUGGAAGAUCUAAAAAUUGCUGUCAUCACUGGUGAUAACCUUAUCGGCAAAAUCGAUCAAAACACUUUAAACGGAGUUAAAGAAAUGGAUAGUGGACAGCCGUUACCUGAGCAAAUUCACAGCAUGAAUGCUUACAUCGGGGCAUUUCCAAUCGCACGAGCCUUGGAUAAUGGGGCAGAUGUUGUUAUUACUGGGCGCUGUGUUGACAGUGCUCUUGCGUUAGGACCUCUCGUUCAUACGUUUGAGUGGAGACAAGAUAAUUUUGAUCUUCUUGCAUCCGGAAGUCUUGCUGGUCACCUGAUCGAAUGUGGGGCUCAGUCAACAGGUGGAAUAUUAACAGAUUGGCAAACAUCACCAGAUUGGGACAAUAUUGGUUAUCCCAUAGUUGAAUGUGCAAGUGAUGGAAAAUUUAUAGUUACUAAACCUCCCAAUACUGGCGGUAUAGUCACUACAAGUACGGUUGCUGAACAGCUCGUGUACGAAAUAGGCGAUCCUCAGAACUACAUUCUUCCUGAUGUAACUUGUGAUUUCUCUCGAGUUAAAAUAGAACCUAUUGUUGGCAGCGAAGAAGAUAAAAAUCAAGCAGUUGUUGUGACAGGGGCUACAGGAAAACCUCCUCCAAACACUUACAAGGUCAGUGCAACGUAUUCUGAUGGUUUCAGGGCAACAGCAGUUUGCCCAGUUGGAGGGCCUAAUGCUGGUGCAAAAGCAAGACGAGUUGCUGAGAGUAUUAUAAAAAGAACAAGAAAAAUUUUUAAACUUCGUGGUUUUGAUGACUAUACUAGAACGCAUAUUCAGGUUCUUGGUUCAGAAGAGACAUAUGGUGAUCAUGCAAGACGAAACUUUGUAGAGGAUACAAGAGAAGGUGUUCUGUGGCUUGCUGUACAUCAUCAAGACCAGAAAGCUCUGGGAAUAUUUUCAAUGGAAGUUGCUUCAGCCGGAACUGGAAUGGCACCUGGAUUGACCGGUAUCGUUGGAGGAAGGCCAAAGCCGACGCCAGUUUUGAAACUAUUUUCUUUCUUAUACCCCAAAGACGAAGUUACCUUGCAGUUGCAUGUUGAUGAAGAAUUAAUUGAGACGUUACCGAAACCGUUGAUUCACGAACAACCAAAGGAAGAAGAAAGAACAGAAUCUUCUACCGAGGAUCUUCCACAUGGAGCGUGUACUUUUCCUCUCAGUGCUUUGGCUCACACUCGCAGUGGAGAUAAGGGAAACAGCGUCAACAUAGGCGUCAUAGCACGACAUCCAUCGUAUUUACCAUUUAUCCGUGCUGCAUUAACCCCGGAAGCGGUACAAGAUUACUUCAAACAUCUAUUUGAAGAAUCGGACUUAAAACGUUGUCAAGUUUACAGAUACGAGCUUCCUGGGAUUAAUGCAUUAAAUUUUGUAUUGAAAAAUUCUCUUGGAGGUGGCGGUGUAGCGUCAUUAAGGAGUGAUCCUCAGGGCAAAGCAUUGGGUCAAAUGCUACUGGAUUUCAAGAUAUCGAAUGUUCCAGACAUUACACCUUCAACGGUUGAGCCUACCACGGCGUAACAAGGUUGUCUCAAUCUUCAGUCAAUUACAUUGUCCAAAUGUUUAACGCUGUAAAAACUAGAGGCCUUCAAAUAAAUCAAUGAAGAACUAGAAUACUGUUUUGCA